AUGGCGGCGCCGACAGCCGCUGCGGCCAAAGGAAAGGCGGCCAGAUGUCUUUUCGGAAGACCCGAGCCUGGAGAGGUAAAUGAAAAACACGAAGACAAUUUGAUACUGAGCCCAGUAUUAGCAGGUGUCCCGUCAGCUUCAAGACAAUCUGAACAGAAUGCACGCGGAGGAUUCUCGCAGAUGGAAUUUCGACUUUGUCGGCGGCGUUCCGCUCGUCGGCGCUCAUGGAGAUUUUCAGUUCGAAUCAGUUGCCGCUGCUGAUGUUCCUGAUUUCUAUCGCGAGAGAACUGCCCAUGCGCGCAAGACCAUUAGAAGACGUGAAUCCUCGCCAUUUUCCGAUACAGUUGAGGUUCCGGACGAGCAAUUGUUUGUUAUGGAAUCGCCGACCGAAAGUGAGCCCCAAUUACUAGCUCCAUCUACUUCGAAAAACAUGGAAACAACAUACGAAAAGCCGGUCACCAGGUAACCUUUGUCUAUGAAUUCCCUGAAAGAAAGUGUUGUUGCAGAUCCUCAACUGUCAGUCAAAUGGCAAAUGAGCAACAGGAAGUAGCCAUGCUCAAGCAGACCAAACUUACGAGUGAGUUGAAAAUAAUUGGCCCUGAAAAUUUUUGAUUACUUUGUUCCUGGGUGUGUGGCUGGUGCCUGUCAGUCUUUCUGGUCACUCUCGAUAAGACGCUUGGCAUGAUGCCAACUUUUGCCCCAAUUUGUUUACUUUUCGAACAAUUCUGUUCUCUGUCACCCGAACAGUCCACUUUCUGCGUCUCCUCAAUCACCAACCUCUCUCGUUUCCAUGCGAGACAGUUGACCUUUCGACGGCUCAUCGAUCACUUUUCUUCCGUUAUAUCGAGUUAUGCAAACCAGGGACGCUACUCGAGAAAAGAACAGCUGGCCUUCGAAAAGAGCGAAUUUCAAAUUGGCGCGAGCGAGAGAGAGAGAUGGUUUUGUAGGUUGACGUAAUUGAGCGAGCAGAUGGAACCACACAAAUUGAGGGCUUUCGGGAGGCUGAGACACGAUAAUUCGACAUAGGAAGCAUGAAUUGAAAUUGGAAAAUCGGGGAACCAUUGACACAUUUCGGAGGGGGAAACUGAUGCAGACACUUUUUAUCCCAAUAUUCGACCUGAGCAUUGCAUGGACCACUAUUCUUAUCUUUGCCGCUAUCUUUUUACUUGGAUUGCGUUAAGAGCAUUACGCAAAUCGUCUCAAACCUUUCGGUCUUUUUCUUGAUGAGCCGAUGAAUCGUGAUAACUACCAUUGCUUUCUUACUUCGUGUCAAGGUCGGGUUGCGUUAGAACACCAGCAAAAGUCAUUUUGAAGAAGAAGGGGCCGAAAAACUUAUGAAUAUUCGUGUUAUUUUCAGACUACAUGCCGGUCCGUAAGCGUCGCAGUGAAACUUGUCUCGCGGCCGCCACCGCCUCGCUGGGCCGUUCCGUUUCGAGUGAAUCCACGGUCGCUUCGCAAAAAGAAAAACGCGGAAAGAUGAACAACAAUAAGGGAGCUCCCAAGAGACCUCUCAGGUAAUCCACCUUUCUUUCAAUUGCAGAAUCCCAAUCUCCAUUUCAGAUUCGUCUCUUCGAACACUCCGAAGCCGAGCUCGUCCGUUUCGGACACUGCCAUCACAGCACACUCUCCGCCGCCCAAGAAAAUGAGUUCCCGUCGUGCACGUCGUGCGACAGGAGCCGGAGACUUCUGA